AUGAGUCUGUUUGGGACGUCGUCUACACUCAACGCGGAUAUAGAGAAAACGACCAGCGAAAACAAUACGACGGAAAAUUGGGGUCUUAUAUUGGAUAUCUGUGACCGUGUAAACAAUGGAUCGGCGACACCGAAGGAUUGCCUAAAAUGCAUAAUAAAAAGAUUAAAUUCGCUCAACCCCCAUGUGGUUAUGAAAGCGAUCACGCUUCUCGAUGCAUGCGUUAAUAAUUGUGGCAAGCAGUUUCACCUGGAAGUCGCCUCUCGAGAGUUUGAGACAGAGUUUAAGAAGCUGCUGCAGAAAAGUCAACCAAAAGUGAAUACGAAACUAAAGCUGACCCUCAAACGUUGGGCAGAGGAUGUAUUCAAGUCCGACCCGCAGCUCGAUCUGAUACCUUCGCUAUACAAAAAGCUGCGUGAGGAGGGGCAUGAUUUUAGCGAUCCAUCCGCUACACCAAAGCGCGAAACGACGCUCAGCAAAGACCCGAACGUCGUGUCUAGUCAGCAGGAGGAAGAUGACAUUGCGAAAGCGAUCGAACUUUCGCUAAAGGAAGUCAAGAACACGCAAUCGCCGAAAAUGAUGUCAUCAUCAGGAACGACCGCCACGUCUUUGUAUCCUUCCGCUUUGUUAUCCACGGCACCGGUUGUUGAACCAAGAAAGGUGCGCGCGCUGUAUGAUUUCGAAGCGGCCGAAGAUAAUGAGCUAACGUUUCAAGCAGGAGAAAUCAUUAUGGUUCUGGAUGAUUCCGAUCCUAACUGGUGGAAGGGACAGAACCAACGCGGCGAGGGUCUUUUCCCAUCCAACUUUGUCACGGCGGAUCUGUCCGUGGAGCCGGAAUCCCUUUCGGCAGCAUCCGGAGGAAAGGGUGCGAAGAAGAGUGUGCAAUUUUCGGACGAGCAGAAGCUGGACGGUGAUAAGGAUGGACAGCAGAAGCAGCUACAGUUGGAGACGGUUGAAAUUAAUGAGGAAAAGAUCGAUCGUUUGCUGCAUCUCAUACACGAAGCCGACCCGGAAGAUCCUUCCCAGGACACCGAGGAAAUGUUGCAGCUCGAACAGCUCGUAAAUCAAAUGGGGCCGAUGAUUGAUGCGGAGUUGGAGCGAGUCGAUCGAAAGCAUGCCCAGUUGACGCAGCUCAGCAGCGAUCUGGUGGAUGCGAUCAAUCUGUACCACAAUCUGAUGCGCGAACCGGACCGGUCGGCGAUGAUGUCAAUGGGAGGUGCUGCGGGUGGCUAUGCUGCGCCCGGUGGAUAUGUGGGCGGACCAAUGAACCCAAUGUACGGUAUGCCGGCCAUGUACCAGAGCCUACCGGGCGUGGGGAUGUAUCCUAUGGCACCGGGAGGACCACCAUCGAUGCCGGGUGGUCAACCGAUGCCGGGAUACAACAUGGCCCAUCUUCGGCACGAUAUGUCGCAGAUGAAUGUUGGCACGAUGCAACAGUUCCCCACGCCACAACAGCAACAGCCUCCGCAAACGGCGAUGCACCAUCACCACCAGCCUCAUCCGGCACAGGGUGGAUCCAUGCAGACAGUCUCGCAAAAUGGUCCAACCACAAACGGGAUGCUUUCGCAGGUUGCACCGACCACAUCGUUGGCUGGAGUAGGCAGUCAACAGUCAACCACGACGGUUGCUCCACAGACGAUGCCAAAUAUGACCGGAGGGCUACCGAUGCCUCCGCAGCACGGGGCGAUACCACAAGGUUUCGCCAAUCCCACGUCGCCCCCGCCAGUCGGUAUGGCCGGUCCUUCGUCUCACCAUCAACUGCAGCAAGCGCCACCAAACCCAAAUCAGCAUUCGCUUCCCCAAAUGCGACCAACUGGCCAGCCUCCGGUCAGCUAUCCCAGCUACGUUCCUCAACAACCGCAACAACAAACCCAACCGGCAGUGUCUCAACCCGUACAGCAAAAUGUCGCAUCGCAAGGCAUGCAACCGGGUGUUGGUGCGGUACCCGUAACUGGCGGACCACCCACAACGUCCACCCAGCCGGUUCAACCGAAUUUGAACCAUCACCAUCAUCCAGCCCAACAUAUACCCAUGAACAUGCAGCCGAAUCAUUUUCCUCCCGCUUCUGGUGUGCCGCCAACCCAUCAACAGCAGCAACAGUUCAUGCCUCAGAUGGGUCCGCCGAUGGGGAAUUUUGCUCCAAUGGGUGGUCCAAUGAAUAUGUUCCCUCCCGGUGGACCCGGUGGUGUCGGUGGACCUUUGUCGAUCAACACAAACCAUCCGGGACCCCAAAACAUUCCCAUUUAUCAGCAGCAGCGGUAA